CACGUUAACACUCUAAGCACAACGUUUUCCCACGAGAGGAACGCCGAUGAUCUUUUAUUAACUACUAAUGCCUAGAGUAUUUCGGAAGUAGUCGGCUAACAUGAAUUGCCACAGAGCGCUUCAAUUUCAUCGUUUUUCACAAUCGAAAGGAAUCGUUUAAUCUCUCGUUGGCCCGGUGACGUAUUCCAACAAAGGUUAAGGAAAGGUAGCAUAAAGGUUCGGAGAUUUGACUUUCCGAAGAGGCACCAUGAUUCCCUCCUCGGUGGGCCUCGCGGAGCUUCGGCAACGCAUCGAUGAACUCACGCGUUUUCUCGCUGCCACUCUGAGCAUCGCAAACGCGCACACUGUGGAGUUUUACACGCACGACGUGUGGAGUCGUUUCGUGGCCGUGUCGCCCGAGGAGGUGCUGACUGCAAUCGGCGCGAGCGGCCACCAGGGGGCGCCACAGCUCCAAAACCAAAGUGGAUCCAUAGAGCAACGGAGGACCACAUUUGGGUUUUGCCAAGACACAAACCGGCUGCUUGAUGCUCACGAACUGUUGCGUGCAGCCAAGGCCCACUCGCUUCCCGGGCUGGGGGUCUGCACAAGCCGGGAUGAGCUUCUGGAGGCCCUCAGACGAAAGCCAUCGGAAUUAGGCAUCGAAUUGGAGCCGGAUGAGUUCAUGAACACGAAGAAGUCGCAUGAGGUGCAGUCCAUGGCGGAGGUGGUGGACUGUUUGGCCAAGCGCUGUGGAGUCAAACAGGAAAGUUUUGUGAUAGACGUGGGUUCGGGGAAGGGCUACCUGAGCUCCUUCCUGUCCCUGCAGCACGGCCUCCGCGUCUUCGGCAUCGACUCGUCCAGCACCAACACCCACGGGGCGCAGGAGAGGAACCGCAAAGUGAAGAAGUUCUCUAAGGUGUACCAGAAACACAGGAAGGCUGCAAAAGGAGAGGUAGAGCACCAGGUGGUCACAGAAAUAAAAGAUGAGGAAGAUGAGUCCCAGAAGGAUAAGCUGCAGACACCAGACUCGAAACCCAUAGAGGAGUUCUUCUUAAGUGCCAUGUCGUUGGAGGUGAUGCAGUCUGGGAGAACUUCCCCCAGCUCACUGACUGAUGAGGAGAGGCAGAGGAGGAAGAGGGAGAACCUCGAGAGGAAAGCCCUGAGCAGAAACGGCGCAACCAGUGCCGUCUUUUCACCGCUCACGUCUUACGUUACCGCCGAAACGGAGCUGAGGGAGCUCAUCGAUGAGCUGGAGGAUGCGGUCCUGGUGGGCCUGCACACGUGCGGCGACCUGGCGCCCAGCACGCUCAGAAUGUUUGCGGCAAAAGCGGAGCUGCUCGCCGUCUGCAGCGUGGGAUGCUGCUACAACAAGCUGUCGGAGGAGUUUGAGCCCGACGCACAGGAUUGUUCGCGUGGUGCGUUCGGGUUCCCUCUGAGUCAGCACCUCCGCCGCCACUCGUGGUUCUGCGGCAGAAACGCCAGGAUGUCCGCGUGCUUGGCGCUGGAAAGAGUUGCGGUGGGCCACGGGAUUCAGAUGGAUUCGCUGUUCUAUCGGGCGGUCCUGCAUGUUAUUCUCCGGGACCACUAUGGCACCUAUAAAAGUGAAAAGCGAGUGGGGAACGUCUACUCCAAGGCGAAAUCCUUCGUGGAUUACGUUCGACGGGCUCUUUGCAAACUGGAUCUGGAUGAUUCACAGCUUUCCGAUGGGGACAUUCAGCGGUACCACGACGCCCAUGUGUCGCGCCAGCCCGAGAUCCGCGCUUUUAAUCUGUUGAAGGUGACCCUGGCUCCUUGCAUUGAAGGCCUCAUUCUCCUGGACCGCCUCUGCUACCUGAAAGAGCAGGACAAGGGAUCUUUUGCCACUUUGGUGCAGCUCUUUGACCCGCUUCUGUCGCCGAGAUGUUACGCCGUCGUCGCACUGAAGAACUGAUAUACUUUUGGAAUAAAGUGAGAUUUCUUUUUUUUCCUAUUAAGAGCGUCGCUCCAGAGGUCAUGCAACACGUGCUUGAAAACACCUGGAAAAAGCACCAGUCCAGUUUGAUUGAGCUAUGUCAGUUUUUUUUUUUCUUUUUCUUUUCAUCUUGACGUUGGAGCGUGUCUCGAAAACGCUCGUUUUUCAGAGGCGCUCGGGCAGCCGGGCCCUUCGGGGGUGUUUUUGGCAAAACCUGGAUCGCCACGCAGGUCUGGAAAGACCAUCGCGAAGCUCCCCAGUGUCGGAGGAAGAGGCCUUGACCUCUCUUUAAUCUGAACAGCUGUUUUGCUCGCUCCCUCAAUAAAUCUUACAUGCUCGGAAAUGAAUAUUGUAGCAGCGCAGACGCAUGAAUUAUGAAUGGAAUCAGAAGUCGUGUGGAGCUGCAGCGUUCGGGGUGACCACGAACGUCUCGCUGCGCUGUCGUGGGAUUGCCGCUUCGCACUAUUCCAAGUGAAUUUUCACACUUGUAGCCGGGAAACUUUGUCAGAAACGUUUGGAAAUGACAGCCAAUAAAUAUGAUUGAAUUCAUUCAAAACAAAAAGGCUUGUUGUCGUGCACAUCAGGGUGAUUUUACAUCACAGUUAAUAUUAUUACCAUCAGUGGAGAGCGAGGCUCGGCCCUGCAGCUGUGAUUAUCCGUUUCCUGCGUGAUGUUUAUCUGCAGGGGUGAAGAAGCAGUGGUUCCGGAGUAAAUAGCACGGGGGGAAAUUACUCACUAUGUUUGGUCUACAGUGCGGAGGAAAUGUCGCCUUAGUGGCGGCAGCGUAUCAAUGGAAAUAUCAACGGAAACGUGGCAAAGGUUUGAUCACUUUUUCCCACGUAUCGCUUAAAUUAGAUAUGGGAAACGAGAAUUUUGACGGAUUAUUGAAUUGAAGUGAAUGUUUAUUUCGAUGUGCCAUUUAAAAAAAGAAAAAAAACAUUUUCAUCUGUAUUGUCCAUCACAGUGCUUUUUGUUUGACUCAUUUUUUAAAUAUAUUUUCUUAUACACAUAUUUUGUGUAAACGGAUUUAUCGAGCACCAAGAAUGGUUACUUAUCUGAAAAAUGAAAGCUUCACCACUUAAGAGAAAAAAAAUAAAUACAAAACUU